AUGUCAUUGAUCCGUUCAGCAAGCGGCCCAGCAGGUGGUUUAAGCAUCAACACUGGUGCUGCUAACGCCUUCUUGUUACCUUCAUCUCGUCGAAAUCGUCUUGCUAACCGGCGCACUCCAUUCCAUAGCGGAACCGCCGCUUCUAAACCCUCCGCCGCUGGUAGUCUCUUCGGUUCUUCUACCACCUCUACACCCACCGCCAACACAACAACAGCGCCCGGCGCAACAGGCACCAUGUCUCUCUUUGGCAACGCUGCGCAAAAGCCUGCAACAGGCGGCCUGUUUGGACAGUCGACGGCAGCGACAACAACUACGCCCGCAGCUGGCGGUGGUCUCUUUGGCGCUGCCGGCGCAACAAACACUCAACAGACGCAGAGCACAGGUACUGGGCUCUUUGGCAACACUGCUACCAACAACACCCAACAACAAGGAACUACAGCGCAACCUCCAACGACCGGCACCGGCCUCUUUGGCCAAUCUACCCAAAAUCAAACUCAGCAGCCUCAACAAACAGGUACAGGUCUUUUCGGCCAAUCUACAGCAACAAAUACACAAAGCAACACAGGAGGGCUCUUUGGCCAAUCUCAGGCGAAGCCCGCUACAGGCACCAGUCUGUUUGGCCAAACACAGCCUCAGCAGAACAACACCCUUGGUCAAUCCACAAACCAAGUCUCAGCCGUUCAAAUCAACUACGACAGCAUCCGCCCCCGUACCCGCUUCGAUGACCUCGCUAAGCCCGUACAAGAUGAAAUUGCGUUGCUGGACUUGGGUAUCCAACGAGUUAUCAAGAUGCGAGACGAGAUUGGCGAGUUCAUGCCCCAGCACGAGAAGGAUAUUGAGCAACUGGGCUUAGAUGUGAAGUUUGUCGAGUCAAAGUUCCGAACUGUUCAAGUUGCCCUCAACAACGAUAUUCAGACCGUCAAGGCUCUCCAGGAUCAAACCCGAAAGAACGCCGCCGAUGCCCGACUAUGCUUUCGAGGCGCCGAUAACCUCAAACUCCCGACACACUAUCACCAAACUGGUCUUUUCGCCAGCCAGGCUCCAGCUGCUGAUUCUGGAGGCGCAAAUGCUGCUUCGACACAUGCGGACGCCCAAGAUCUGAUCACCUACUUCAACCGUAUCUGUGACGAUAUUGAAAAGUACAAGGCUCGUCUCGAUGAGUACCGAGAUGAUAUUGAGCGAGAUAUGCCUGGUGUUGAGAACGGUCUUUAUGAGCAGAUCCGAGCUCUACGCGACCGCAGCGCAGGCAGCGUAGUCGUCCAGGAUCAACUGAACGAGGUUUUAUUGGCGCUCAGAGAUACGGGAAGCGCAAUUGUUGCCCAGGCCGGACAGAUUGCCGACACUCGAGAACGGCUAUCGCGCCUCCAGGCUGGGAUUGUGGACAGUGGAGUUUACGCCAUGGGCAUGAAUGCGUAG